AUGGCUGAUAACAUGUGCGGCCCGUCCAACGGCGCCAAGAACCUUCUCGCCCACGCCGAUCGCGACCGUACUCUCCAUCAGGACCGCCUGGUCAACUCGCCCAACUCGGCUGCCGGUGCUUCCUUCAGGAACCGUCCCUCCUUCGCCGCUGACGGCGCAUUCGACAACUUCCAGCAGGCUCCUAUGCUCGACGCCCCGGGCCCAUCGCUCGGUUUCGCACAGAACAACUUGAUCCUGAAUAACCCAGGCGCCCCGGCCUUCCAUGCGGGACAAGCGCCCGGUGUCUUCGGCCAUGCGGCCGGAGCUAUGCCGGCUACGGCCGCUCCCAUGCACUCCUCCGGUGCCGCUGCCCACGGCUGGGUCGAUCAGUUCGCCAACAUGCAGCUUCGUCAGGACACAACUCACCCGGCCCCGGCCAUGUCAUCUCAAGCCAUGUCUACUGUAACCCACAACCCCAUGAUGGGCAUGCAGGACGACCAUAUGGCCUACAAUACUCAUCAGUUCGGCGGUAUGGGAAUGGGUGUCGGUAUGGAUAUGGGUAUGGGCAUGGGAAUGUCCAUGGACGAUCCUUUUGUCAUGCACGAUACUGGCUUGAACAAUUUCACCCAUCAGCAGCCCCAGGUCGGACUUAACGACCACGUCGAGACUGCUCUGGACGUCGAAGCCUUCAACAAAGCGUUCGGCGAGUACGACGAUAGCUCCUUUGAGCAAGAGCUCGCUGAGUGGGCCCAGAAGGAAAAGGCCGAGAAGGCACAGCAGCAGGCUCAGCGAGAGUUUGAGGCUGCCGAGGCCGAAUGGAUGGCGCAGCACGGUCCGACUGCCGAGAACAACACCAAAGAGCAGGAAACCAAGGAGGAAGCUGAGGCCCGUCGCCGCGAGGGUAACGAGGAGCUUGCCAAGGCUGCCAACGCCAUUUUGACCUCCGUCGCCGAUAACCAGUCCGAGAAAUUCCAGAAGUCGACCUUCCUAGACCUCAUGCGCCGCAUCGGAAACAGAGAGGUCGAAGUUGACGGUGACAAGCUGGUUGAUGUUGCGACUGGCGAGCAGGUCAACACCAGCUCUUCCGAUCUCGACCCCACCGACGAUGUUUCCGGCCCUUCGGAUGCGAACGACAAGGGCAAAGCUCCCGCCUGA